AACCGCUAGUGCUUCACACGGUGAUGCGCAGUCUCGCUCUCUGCAAGGACAUCGGAACAGACUAUCCGGUUGACGUGAGGGUAAAGAGCUGCUUUCAGUGACUGGGAAAGUAAAUGGGAUGAAAUGUCAAGUCAGUAGGCCAGCAGGUCGAACAUUCAAAGCUUCUUAACUGCAGCAGGUGGAAGGAGGAAGAGCUCGAGGAGAAGGAGGAGGCAUCCUGGACUCCGCGCGGAGAGUAGAAGGACCUUAGUGGUCUUAUCAUUUACCUGUGCAUCAUUUGCCACCUUUGUUUUGUUCGUUUUCACGCUGUCUUCAUAAUGGACAAGUAGACAGUGUAAAGAGAGCGUCACCAAACAGGGAAAUGCUGUUCCGUACGCACAGACCAAGUGCGCAAAUGUCUGCUAUGAGAAUGGAUAGAGACCGAAAGAGUUGGCACUCAUGGGAGAGGUCGAGUACGGACAGAAGGAGUGCUGUUAGGGCGAUGAUAAGGGAUGUAGCGCGCGGGCAGCACUGGACCGUGAUUUUCCUGCUCGCACUCGCGCUGCAGCCGCAGGUUGUGUGUGCGGUGGGCAUGUUUGAGGUGGAGAUUCGACAGUGGCUGAACCCUCAGGGCUUUCUACAGAGUGGUCAGUGCUGUGACCCCCAGGUCAGCGGGGGGCAGCGCUGCUCAUCAGGUGAUCAGUGUGAUACCUUCUUCAAGGCCUGUCUGAAGGAGUACCAGACUCGGGUUUCACCAACCGGCACCUGUACAUACGGCACUGGCAGCACACCUGUCCUGGGUGGCAACUCCCACACCUUACAUCACCAUGGAAAUGAGGGAAGCAACAGCAGAAUUGGACGAAUUGUUAUCCCAUUUAAAUAUACAUGGCCAAAAUCGUUUUCUCUGGUGAUCGAGGCUCUGGAUCUUGACAAUGAAACAUCAGAGGCAGGUCAGGAGGAAUUUAUAGAGCGAGUGCUGCUUUCCUCGAUGCUGAACCCAGGUGAGCAGUGGCAGGUGUUCCACCAUCACGGUCGCACGUUCACUCUGGAAUACCGCCUGCGAUUCCGCUGUGAUACCAAUUACUACGGCCCACAGUGCACCAAACUCUGUCGGGCACGAGAUGACUUUUUCGGCCAUUUUGACUGUGAUCCUUCUGGAAUUAAGGUGUGUAAGGAGGGCUGGACUGGACCAGAAUGCACACAUGCGGUGUGUAAGCAGGGAUGUCACAUGAACCAUGGUUCCUGCGAUCUGCCCGGGGAUUGCAAGUGUCAUUAUGGCUGGAAGGGUGAUCUGUGCGAUGAGUGCGAGACGUUUCCUGGGUGUGAUCAUGGCACUUGCACCGAACCCUGGAAGUGUGUGUGUGACACAAAUUGGGGCGGCCUGCUUUGUGACAAAGAUCUGAAUUAUUGUGGUAACCAUCAGCCAUGCAAGAACGGUGGUACUUGUACCAACACUGAACCGAACGAGUACCUGUGUAUCUGCCAGGAGGGUUUCCGGGGCCGCAACUGUGACAUCGUGGAGCACGCCUGUCUCUCCUCUCCAUGUGAAAAUGGUGGAACGUGUAUUGAAGACCCAGCAGGCUUCAGCUGUGUGUGUGCGUCGGGCUGGACAGGACCUUCCUGUGCCACCGCAGUGUUGCAGUGCGACUCCAGUCCUUGUGGUCGUGGAGCCACAUGUCAAGAGACGGAUCAAGGUUUCCAGUGUCUGUGUCCUCCAUUCUGGACCGGCAGAACCUGCCAGCUCGACACUAAUGAAUGUGAGACUGGCGUGUGUGUCAAUGCCCGCUCCUGCCGUAAUCUGAUUGGAGGAUAUUUGUGUGACUGCCUUCCCGGUUGGUCAGGAACAAACUGUGACAUCCGGAACAGUAGCUGCCAGGGCUUGUGUCUGAAUGGAGGACACUGUAAGGACUCUCAGUGUGUGUGUUUGCCAGGAUUCUCUGGUAAACUGUGCCAGACUGCGGUAAACGCCUGUGACAGCAAUCCUUGUGUAAACGGAGGGCAGUGUGUAGAGCGCCAGGAUGGCAGAGGCGUGUUGUGCAGCUGCCCGCUGGGAUACACUGGCACCCACUGUGAGGCAGAACUGGAUCCUUGUAAUUCCAACCCCUGCCCGAAGGGGGUGCCAUGCCACAGUACAGAAGGAGGCUACAAGUGCACCUGUCCUGAUGGUUACUUUGGAAACGAGUGCCUGAGCCUGAAGGAUUCAUGUCAUGAACCCCACUGCCAAGGAGCAGUGUCAGACCCCGGUAUGAGCGGGUUCAGUCUUUAUAUGGUGUUGGUGGGUGUAUUUGCCCUGCUUGUUGCAGGCAGCUGCUCCGUGUGCGCACUACUGCUGUCCCGCCUGCACCACCGCCAUCGGACCAAAGCGCAGCUACGUACUUCAGCGCCCGAGGACAAUGCCAUUAACAACCAGCGGCAGUUCUGCACUCUCAUCCGUAACCUUGACCACAGCGUGGCCCUACUGCCUCCUGCCCAAACAGUGCCCACCUCUGUGCCCACGCCAGCGCUCUGCAGCGAAGAGAUUGAGCUCACUCUUCCUCCCUCACCUGCACCAUCUCCAGCUCUGAAGCCAGCCCACGGGCCCAAGCUGGACAUCUCCAACCGUGAAAGGGAGAAACUAAACCGCUUCCACUAUGCAGAAAACCAGGAACUGGAGGUGUGACUGCACUUUGACCACUGGGGGGAACAUGACUUCUUGGUUCGGAGAACAACCUCUGCUGAUGAACUUUGUGCUAUAGAGAUCUGAGAGGGUUCGAAUUGAGAAGGAAAUUACUGGCACACUCAGCUGAAGAAACUAUUAUUGACAGACAGGGUCCAACAUUUUAAUUUGCUGACCUGCCAAUGAUGGUUGAAUUAAGAAAAUUAAUAUCAGUCAUGAAAAUAACUAAAUAUUAAUAUAUUUUUUUCAAUGAUAAUUGAAUUAUUUAAGUUUUCAUAUGAGAUGAGAUUGUGAAACUGCGCUGUUACAAAAAUGAGGAAUGUUAUAUCACAUACAAUAUGACACCAUAUAAAGUUCUAGACAUUCUCAAACAUUCUAGAAUAAGAGUUGUUUAAAGAGUCAUGAUUGAUUUAUUUAUUAGACGGUUUGAUUUGAAUUGAUCACAUCAUUUACAUCAGUGAGAAUCAUUCUUAGUGCUGCAAAAUCGAUUAAUCGCAUCUAACAUAAAAGUUUGUUUACAUAAUAUAUGUGACCCGUGCUGGCGAAAUGAGUCGCAAUGGACAAAUUUUCAAAAAUGAGUUAUUGUUAUUCUCACAUUCUCUAUUAAAAAACCUUCAAAAUGAUGUAUGAUUUGUUGGAAUCUGACAAAAAAGCUAUACCUGUUUGAAGUCGAUAGAGUCAGCAAAGUCAAUUUUAAUAAAAAUCGAGUUAAAGUUUUCUGAAGGCUCCAAAACAAAUUCCUCUAUCAGCCUUAAAAUCCCUGGUAAUACCACCAGAUUUGGCACAAACCAAGUCAAAACCUGUAUCUAUAGGAAAAAAAAAUAUAUAUUCAACUUUUUUCCAUGAUUCCACAAUUGUUUGAUUAACAUUAAUGAAACAGACAGCCUAUAUAUUAAGACCGACUGUAACAAACGGAUCUAAUAUGAUGUUACACAUCAGAUGUUUUUAACCAAAGGUUCACUUAAGACAUAACAAAUAAUGUUUUGCGUGAAUACUCGCCAAGACGGAUUUUUUGAAAUACUGUAAUUCUGUGUGUAUAUCGGGAUCAGGGCGUCUUUGUACUCGCGCUUCAGAUCUGUCAGUCAGCGCAAGAUAGAUUGUUUUGUUUACAUCAGCAUGAGUUUGAAAAUCACAUUUCAUUGGUUCAGACUCAUGCCAUUGAGAAUUCGCUAUGAAUAUUCACAAGGUUUGAAUGCUGCGCUUUAAAAUGAUACCAAACUUGUGCUGAGGGAAGCGCCAGUCGUCAAGAAGGGGACAAAGGAAAGGUACUCCUCUCAGAAAACGUACAAAUAAAGAUACUUUUAGAUGUUUAAUUGCUAUUUGGAGCAUUGGGAUCGCUAGACGAGGGCUUAAUGAACUCAUUUUUGUGAAAACCUCAAUUUCGACCAAAAUUGACAUUUUGUACUCAUUUUGUCCUUAGCUUGAAAUUAACCCGUGCGCAUUCCCACUCAUUUUGCCAGCAUGGUUCACAUGUGUGCGUACAUAUAUUAUUACAUUUAUAUGUAUUAUAUAUCACACACAUAUGUAAUAUAAUAUAUAUAUAUAUAUAUACACACAUAUACUAUGUAAACAAACUUUUAUGUUAGAUGUGAUUAAUCGAUUUGACAGCACUAGAUUUGAACCAUUCAUUUUAGAGUUCCUAAUAAAGUUACCAGCCAACUGAUGACUAAAUUAAUUUUAUUUAUAAAGCUGUUUUUACGCACAUUUCAUGCUGGGCGAGAGUUAAUUUUGGACCCUGUCAGGUCAAAAAUGAGUUUGAAAGAAGAGCAAGAGUUUUUAAAGGCCAGUAAUUGAGCUUCUUUGAAUCCUGGAUAUUUAAGUGUGUUUUAUUGUGUUUACACUUGUGCCCUAUAUAUUUGUACACAUUUGUUUGUAAGUGUGUGUGUGUGUGUGUUUGUGAGUGUGUAAGUGUAGAUGUAUGACUGUGUUUGUGGACGAUUCGCCAUAAAUUUCCACAAAGCCAUGCAUAUCAUUGCAACUCCCUGACUUUUUGAUACUCAACAUAAAAACAGUAUAUUUGUGUCCAUGAUUGACAUUUAAAGGAAUCAUGGAAAAAAAAUAGCAGCAUCGACUGAAAAAGUGCCAGGUGACAUCCUUAAAAAUCUUGUUAAUUAUUGCCUGUUAUGUUGGAGAUGUACAAGAUGUAUGAUUUUUAUAAUACUUGGAUGUAUAUAGCGCUGUUGUACAUAUUUUGUACAUAUAAAUUUUUGCCAUGUUUUGUACGCUGACUCCUUGCAAAAUGUUGCCAUUUUAAUUUCCUGUUUUCACUCUUUCCACUCAGCUGGUGUUUGCAAGAUGGAAUUGUAAUUAAAGUGCAUUUACCAAUCACA